AUGGCACCCAGUGUUGCAAAACAGGACACAGGCGGAGCGCAAAAAUAUCACGACAAAGCCGGCCGCCAGCAGGUCAAGCUUGAUCGUUCAAGUCGUAGGAAACACCUUCCAUCAUCUGGAAUUCAACCCAACCGAAUGGCCGCAGGUAAACGGCAUUAUCCAGCCCGAGACCAGGGCGAGGAAGAAAACGCCACUGCUCACCGGAGAAAGAGCCGAAGAAUACAGGAAAGCCGUCAGUUGCUCUCUCUCGAAGUAGACGAGUCCCGACACGAGCACCUCGCAAAACAGCUGAGGAGAAGUACUCCUCCCCGCCUCGAGCACUCUGACCAGGACUUGCAAAAAGGCUCUGAACCUGGCGCGGAAGCUGGUAAGCGAGAAGGCGUACAGGCUUCAAUACAGUCUCCAAGACUUCCCCCCUCAAAGGACCAGCUCUCUGAGAACAACUUGCGAAUAUUCAACGGGGAAAUGAACCCCGCAGCCGACAAUGCUCCAGUUCUCAAACGGACCUCGUCAGGGCGCUCCAUAGUCCAAUCGGAAGCGGACACAUUCCGAUCCCAGCGCUCUUAUAACACCAACGCCUUCUACCGCCACAAACAUCUUGAAGCUGUCCAGAUUCACAUCCACGCAGAGCCGCCUGACUACAUCGAAGCCGCGGCCCACCGCAUUGUCAACGCCAAAAUCUCCAAGCAGCGCAGAGCUGAACUCCGCGUCGUAGCCCAAGAACUCAGUGAUGACUGCCUCAAAAAUGUCAGGGCUCAGUCUGGCGAGAAUGACUUUAUAAAUCCACUCUAUACUGCCCUUAAGGCUCUGGGUCUCAAGAACCUCUGUCUCCAUGAAAAGGCCGAGUGGCGAGAGGAGCUUAAGCCAACAGUCCAGCAGCAGUUGCAUUUUAGUUCGAGCUUCAUGGCCGGUGUCCAGCAACUAGAGGUUGACGGUAUCUCAGCUCGGCCGCGAAAGCGCCAGCAGCAGUCCGCUGGCGAGUAUAUGUCUCCCGAAUCCUUUCAGACCAACGCACACGCCACUCCGUCAGCCAACAAUUCACCCUCCCCAGCCCCAUCUGUUCCGAAGAAAGACGGACAUCGCUACCCGAUCAAAAAUCCCCGCCCAGACCUCUCAAUAGGCACAGAUCUCACGGCUCUCGUCUCGGCGCUCUCGGCGCAAAACCUCAACAAGGCCAAGGCCACGGCAUUCAUCGACUGGCUCCAGAAUGAAAUGGUGCAGCACGAGCCAGAGGGGCCGCUUGAACCAAUGCUGCUCUUAGUACCGGCUCCACACGCUUUAGAUCUCGCCUUCCCGUUUGCCGUUGUUGAGGGCAAGGCUUACUCGACCGGUAAACAAAUCUUCGAAGCAGAGAACCAAGCUGCGGUUUCCGGGGCUUGCGCGCUCAAGAUACAGCUUGAUCUGGAUAGCCUGGUCAACAGCGGAACAAUAAGAUCUGGUGCCCCGCCCACAUCCUCGAAGACCGAUCCGCCGCUCUUCUUCUCCAUCACCACCCAAGGCCCCAUCCAUGAGCUCUGGUAUCACUGGACCGUCUAUGACGACGGUGUGCGCAAGUUCGAAUCGAAGCUUUUGGACAGCUAUAAUGCAUUGGUGCUAGAGCGAGGGGAGGACUUCGUGGUCAAGCUCAAUAAUGUGGGCAAUUGGGGUACAGGACCAUUUAUGAAUCAUUAA